AUGGGUGUGCAGUGUAGGUCCAAACUGGGUCUUUUUCAAUCAAGAAUUAGUUUACAGAAAGCAAGCGUCAAGUUGAAAGCAAAGAGAAGUGACUGUAACUCCAAGGCGACGCAGGCCAGGAAUGACUACUUGCUAACGCUAGCUGCUGCCAAUGCCCAUCAUGAUCGCUACUACCACACCGAUCUGCUGCACUGCAUACAGGCCUUAGAUGGGAGGAUCUAUGAACACGUGAAGGACUACCUGGUGGCGUUGUGUCGCACUGAACUGGAGGCCUCCCAGGCUACUCACAACACCUACCAGUUCCUUUUAGAAAAAUCCACCCGGAUAAUCCAGGAGUUCAACCAGCAGCUGUUCAUGCAGGAGAACCCUGUGUUUCACAAAGCACACGACUUCCAGUUCCAGCCCAGUGAAUACGACGUGACUCUGAGCUCGGUGCAGCAGUUGGUGGACAUUGAGCCGUCGCCCGUCAGUGCCAUGAGAAUGACCCUGGCAGAGAGCCGUCAGCUGGAGUCGGAGUCGGGGACGACCGAGGAACACAGUCUGAACAAGGAGGCCCGAAAAUGGGCAACCAGGGUGGCCAGAGAGCACAAGAACAUCAUCCACUACAAAAGAUCUCUGGAGGAGUGUGAAAGCCACGGCCUGCCUCCCACCGAGCAGGGCCGACUAGAUCUGGAGCUGAAGAUAGAAGACACCAAAGAGAUGAUGCGCAAAGCUGAGACAAUAAAGUUGAAAGCCGAGGCUCGUUUGGACCUUCUCCGACAAGUGGGCGUGGCCGUGGACACCUGGCUGAAAAGCGCCAUGAACCAGGUGAUGGAGGAGCUGGAGAACGAACGCUGGGCCACCUACACGUCCCACGAUCCCUCGCUGCCGGGCACCGUGGACUUGGAGCGUGAAGAGGGUGAAGAGUGUGAGGAGAAUAUGGAGGUUUUUGACGACAGCAGUUCCAGUCCAUCAGGAACCCUGCGUAACUACCCGCUAACCUGCAAAGUGCUGUACUCAUACAAGGCCUCUCAGCCAGAUGAGUUGACUAUAGAUGAGCAGGAAAUGUUGGAGGUUAUCGAGGAUGGAGACAUGGAGGACUGGGUUAAGGCACGCAACAAGACAGGUCAAGUUGGCUAUGUUCCAGAAAAAUACCUACAAUUCCCCACUUCCAACAGUCUGCUGAGCAUGCUCCAAUCUCUGGCCACACUGGAUGCUCGAUCACACACCUCAUCCAAUUCAACUGAACCCGAGCUGCACGCCAGCUGCAUCAAUGGAGAUACAAACGUCGUGUUUGUCCGUGCACUUUAUGAUUACGAAGGGCAAGCAGACGAGGAGCUCUCUUUUUCUGAAGGCGCUGUGAUUCGCCUGUUGAACCGCGACACGCAGACGGACGACGGCUUCUGGGAGGGGGAGUUGAACGGACGGGUGGGAGUGUUCCCCUCGGUGCUGGUGGAAGAUCUCAUGGAGAACGGGGAGACGAGUGUGGGAGGACCAGGCGACACACAGCUGAUGUGUCAGCAGCAGCAGAGUUCACAAACAGUAGAUCAGAAAUAA